GAGGGCGAGGAGAUGGCGGGCGAGCCGCUGUCGCCCAUCUCCAACAGGUCCGAGGACCCCGCCGCGCCCCGGCUGCCCGCCGCCGCCGCGCCGGGCGAGGCGGCCCGCGAGCUGGAGGCCAGCCCCAAGGCCGGCGAGGCCAGCGAGUACUCCCUGGAAGAUGUCCUCAACAAGGGGCCCAGCGGGGCCGCUCCCGCCGCGAGCGGAGAUGGCGCCGCGGACGCCUCGCCCCGGGCGGCACCGCUGCCGCCGCCCGCG